GUUCAAUUCUUUUUCCACGUUACAGAUAAUAAUCGUUGUCAUGAAACGCCGAGAAAAUGAAGCAGCGGGCCUCGAACCGAAAGUUAAAAAAGCUAAAACUGCUGUCGACGUCACUGCUAAAGUAAAUAUCAGAAAAAAUUCAAAUACGAAGGUAAAGAAGGUGAACAUCUCACAAAAAAAUGAUGCUUCGGAGAAGAAGGGAAAAUUCCAGAAACCAACCGCUGCAAAGAAACCUGUCAAGGCAGACAAGUCACAGAAAUUGUUCGACAAGAUUAAUAAUAAAAAGAAAGGAAUACAAACUCAGGUUCAACCUAAAUCCACAAAUGGUAGCACAGACACAACGGAGAAACCGGAUUGGCUAGAGUUUAAAAAACAGAAGAAAGAACUGCGGGAAAAACGAAGAGAAAAAAGACUGACUAAUGCGUAUGAUGUUAGCGUUAAAGCUAAAAAGCUUGGCGAAAAAUUGCGCAGAGCAGAUUGUUCUAAAGAAGAGCGUAAAGAGCUCACAACACAGCUAUAUGAAUUGCUCAAAGGACAAUUUAGUAAACUUGUCUUCAUGCAUGACAUGGCAAGGAUUGUUCAAUGGCUUCUCAAAUACUGCACUCCUGAGAUACGAAAAAAUAUUAGUGACGAAUUACAAAAAAGUAUCGUUCUAAUGUUACAGUCAAAGUAUGCCAAGAAUUGCAUCAAAACGUUGCUGAAGCAUGGGACAGAUGAAAUUCGAGCAGUGAUAAUCGCGGCUUGUAAUGGCAAUAUCGUUAAACUAGCUAGCCAUUCAGUGUCUGCACCAGUGCUUGAACUUGCAUAUUCAACUUGGGCGACCGAUGCGGAUAAAUUAUAUUUUAAACAAGAAUUUUAUGGCGAUAUGUACAAACUAGCCAAGGACAGUCAAAUCAAGACACUUGCUGAUGUCUAUAAACUCGCAGGAGAUAUGAAAUCUGCAACUCUCUCAGCUGUCAAAGGAAAUUUGAUAAAAAUUCUAAAUAAGAAACUGAUUAACACUACCCUUGUACAUUCUGUGCUGCUUGAAUUCUUGAGGAAUUGCACCAAGGAUGACAGAGAUGAAAUGAUCACUAUGUUCCGAAGUUUGAUUGCAGAAUUAUCUCAGACAAAAGAUGGUGCUAAGUCUGCAAUGAUUUGUUUGUGGCAUGGUACAAAAAAAGACAGAAAACUUGCAAUGAAGGCAUUGAAAGAUCAAGUCAAGAAUGUAGCAAUAAACGAGCAUGGUCAUAUGGUGUUAUUAGCUUUGUUUGACUGCAUUGAUGACACAGUUCUUAUGAAGAAAAUGAUAUUAACAGAAUUGCUGAAUGAUCUAACAGAAAUUGCAUCGAAUGAAUAUGGCAGAUGCGUAAUUCUAUAUCUUGUUGCUAGAAGGGAUUCACAUUAUUUUCACCCAAAAGUAAUUGAGCAACUAAAAAAAGGUGAUGCCAACGAAACAAGUAAAAAGCCACCUGAAAUACGAGCAAAAGAGCUACUGGACGCAGUAAUUGAUAAAUUGUUAGAAACUGUUACUACAGAAGUAUCAACAUGGCUAUCAAAUAGUUCAAUAUCAAUGGUUACGUUGGCAGUAUUGAAAGCGGGGGAUGGAGAAAAGCUCAAAAAUGCACAUGAAGCUAUUAGAGAUUAUAUAAUAGAUCCAGAAUCAGUAAUAACGGAAAAUGAUAAGGAACAGAAGGUAAUUGAAUCUUCUGGGCUUCACAUGAUGCUGAAAAAAUUGAUACAGAAUGAUAAAAUACUUAUCGAAAAAAAGAAAUCUACCUUUGGGGAGGUAUUAAUUGACAAAUUAAACCCAGAAGUAAUGAAACAAUGGAUUGAAUUCAACAGAGGUUGUUUUCUGCUGAUAACGUUAAUAGAAAAUAGUGGUGAGUCCACAGCUAACAAUGUAUUAACUAAACUGAAACCUUUACAAAAAUAUUUAAAAUCUAAAAAAACACCAGGAGCAUCUAUAUUAUUGAAAAAACUCAAGUAAUACUUCUGCUGGUACUCUGUGUUGUUGGGAGCAUCAAAUGUGUGUUUCAAAAGAAUGUACAUUGUUUCAUUUUAGUUGUUUAUUUCAAAUCUACUAUUUGCAAUGAUGUAAGCAACACUGGAUUUUAUAAAUAUAAUGUUUGAUUCA